UACAGAUAGUAAAGUCCGGUGCGGAGGUUCACUCGUUUACUGACUGUUGACCAAUCCGGCUCGCGUUGUGCAUCGUCCGGUGUCGCUACAUAUCCUACCUACUCAGAACAUCGUUGGAGGCACAUAUUUCGCGGUCGUCAGAAGCGUCUAUUUAGCACACGCAAGCUAAGUAGAGCCGUAGACGUAAUCGAUUCCAUUUACUGCAACGAUUCGAAGGCGCGUCAAUAAGUCAGCUGUGUAGCCGCUCGAAAUAUUAUAAAGUUGUUUAGCUGGUUGACGAAACACAGUCGGCAUGUCGGACAGCAAGUUUGUGAGUUUAGAAGAUUCGCUUCAAAGGCAUAUUCCACCGGAAGAGUUGAAGGAAGUGAGAAGGAUUCUGUAUGGACGAGAGGAUGAGAACCCACUAACAUUCUCAGAUGAGGCCACUUCGCUGGCCAAGGAAGUUGGCGUCGAACUCAAGGGCUACGUAUUCACUGCCCGCAAGGAAGACCUCCGCCGCCCGCGAGUCGUCCGCGUGGGUCUCAUCCAGAACUCGGUCGACAUUCCAACCACCGCUCCCAUCCACGUUCAGCGAGACGCCCUGCACGAGAAGGUUUCCAACAUUCUACGGGUGGCGUCCACCGCCGGGGUAAAUGUCAUCUGCUUCCAGGAAGCUUGGACGAUGCCAUUUGCCUUCUGCACCCGGGAGAAGUUCCCUUGGUGCGAGUUUGCCGAGGAUGCUGAGAGUGGUCCCACCACCAAACUGAUGAAGGAAUUGGCGAAGCAGUACAAUAUGGUUAUCAUUUCGCCGAUUUUGGAACGAGAUCCCAAUCACAACGAUACUCUGUGGAACACAGCGGUGGUGAUUUCCAACAAUGGUAACUACAUGGGAAAGCACCGUAAGAAUCACAUUCCUCGGGUGGGGGAUUUCAAUGAAUCGACCUACUACUAUGAGGGCGACACCGGUCAUCCGGUGUUCGAGACACAAUUUGGACGCAUUGCCAUCAACAUCUGCUAUGGUCGUCACCAUCCGCAGAACUGGAUGAUGUUCGGAUUGAAUGGGGCAGAAAUUGUGUUCAAUCCCUCGGCUACGAUUGGUGCACUAAGUGAACCACUGUGGGGUAUCGAAGCCCGUAACGCCGCCAUCGCCAACGGAUACUUUACGGUGGCCAUCAACCGCGUGGGAACGGAAGUGUUCCCGAACGAGUUCACUUCGGCCAACGGUAAACCGGCACACAAGGACUUUGGACCAUUCUACGGAUCGUCGUAUGUAGCCGCUCCGGAUGGUUCGCGGACUCCGUCCCUGUCCCGGGACAAGGAUGGUCUGCUGGUGGCCGAAAUGGACCUGAACCUUUGCCGGCAGGUCAAGGACUUCUGGGGAUUCCCGAUGACUCAGCGGCUGCCGAUGUAUGCCGAAAGUUUAGCCAAAGUCGUCCGAUCGGAUUACAAGCCGCAGCUUGUUAGGGAAAAUUAAAAACAUUGUGGCAUUUUUUUUUGUAUUUCAAAGAAUGUUUAUUUCAAUGAACUGGUUUCAAUGUAUAAUAAUGUUUAGCUUUUUAUUUCUCUUCGGUUGGUGUAAAAUUUACAGUUGCUUCUCCUGUUUUCAUGGUUGGUAUUAGUCGCAAAAAAGUGGAUCAAAUUUGUCACGUCGCUGGAUCACGUCGUUUCUUCUCUAUUAGGGUUUUCUAAAACUAAUUAACAAACAACAUCUUUUUAUACUUUUUUGUUUUGUUUUAAAGGUUAAGCUUUGUCACAGUGAUCGUCUUGUAAGUAAAUUUUUAAACGUUUGGGUUGAUUUCACUAAAUUCUGGCAUUCGUUUUGGUUGGUUUUGUUUCGUGGCUUCAGGUUCCUCUGGCAUUCGGGCAUUCGACGUUUUCGGAGUACAAUUUAAGAAGCGUACACAUGGAAUAGGAUAGGGUUGAAAAUUGUUUUACGAUUCAAUUCACAAAGCUGGAAACACCGACAUAAGCUGAUGAAGCCGAUUCGUGAUUUCUAAGCAUAAACAGUCGUUCGCGUUCAUUGCUCCACUUUUACCGUACGUUUUGUUUUGUGUGUACAAGAGUUUGAUAAUAUUGUCUUUUACAUACGUGCCUCGCUACUUUUGCCUACUCUUUAUAAUUCCUUUCAUGUGUGUCCAUGUUUCAAUAAGUGCGAUUGUAGUUUUCUCUAUUCAACUUCUUCCGUGCUCUGUCCGUUUUUUAAAAAGAAAAGCAGAUUUUUAUGAUCUGGUAUGUACGGGUUCUGAUCAUUAUCCUGUAUGUGGAGCUAUCUCCGAAUAUUUUGAGCCAAUUAUUGAGAAUUCGAAUCAUGACAGAAGACUAUUCAAAUAUUUUUUUCUUACUGGAUCAGAACAAGUUUAGCUAUUUAGUAAUGCGAUUUCUAGUAGCAAGUAAAUACUGAUCGUUGAAGCAAUGUACAAUUUGAAGUUUUUCUAAGACGUUUGAGAUGUUUUAAAUCUGUCGGAAAAUAUACAGCUCUGUUUCCGUGAGCAGGUUUUUGUUCUAUUUUUGUUUGUAGUUCUAUAGUUAGUAUGCUUUGUUUGCUACAGAGUUUAGAUUUGCUUAGUUGUAGUUACAAGUGAAUUUACAGUGAUUAUCUGUUAAUGUUUGUCAACGAUAGGUUUGCAAGUCUACAUCUAGUUCAGAGGCAAGCAGUUUUUGUCUGUUUUUAGUUGAGAAAGAUGUUUGUUCGAAUUUGGUCUAGAAAUUUACAACUUGUUCAGAAAGUUUUCUUGAAAAAGUGAUAACCUGGAUGAAGAUUAUCUAUAAAUCCUCCUGGAAUUUUGGGCAUCUUAUGAAAACACCAAACAAUAAAUAUUACUUCUCUACAGCCCCACAAUACACUUCUUAUCAGAAACAACCGUGGCUUACUCAAUUGCGCAAUAAAACAAUUCCAACUGGGGGCAAAGUGGCCCAACCCAACUAAUAAAAUGACUCAUAUAAUCGUUUGUAGUCCAUUUCUAA